AUGCCCACCGUCUUUAUCACCGGCGCCACCGGCGAGAUUGGCUCCAAACUUCUCUCACUUCUACAGUCUAGCAAUACGCCAACUCGUGUUCUAUGCCGCCGGCAGGAUCAAGCAGAUAAAUUUAAUCAACAACCUCUCGUGGAAGCCGCCCUUGGGAACCUCAACCAGUCCGUCGGGGCGCUGGCAUCCCACAUGUCCGGCUGCAAGACCUUCUUCCUGCUGACGCCCCCGGCACCCAACCAGCUGGAUAUGGAAACCAACUGUGUCAACGCUGCCAUCUCUAGUGGCACGGUUGAAUUCAUCGUCAAGAUCGCGGCCUCAGACCAGCGGGCCGAGACGGACGUGCCGUGGGCGAAGGCGCAUUCUUUCGCCGAGAAGCACAUGCGGGAGGCUUGUGACGAGGCGGGCAUCAAGUGGACGUCGUUAAGGCCCAGCGGUUUCAUGUCCAAUCUCUUAACCACGGCUCCGGCGGUACAAAAGGGCUUCUUGCCACAGACGAGCGGAGACGGUCGCGACCCCUGGGUAGACACUGCAGAUGUGGCUGCCGCCGCCCACCGCGUCAUCCUCGACGGCCCAGCCAAGCACGCCAGUAAGGUAUACAACCUGACUGGCCCGCAGCGCCUCAACAUGUCGGAACUCGCGGCCAUUUUCUCGCGGACCAUCGGCCACCGCGUGCGCUACCUGCACCUUCCGGCCCCCGUCUUUAAACGGAUGGUGAAGCUAGGGGGUGCGGAUGACUUUAUGGCGGACGGGCUUGUGGCCCAGUUUGUGGAAAUUGUGCGCGAGAAUGACGACGUGGAUGUGAGCUAUGAUAUUCAGGAGAUCCUCGGUAGGCCGGCUACGAGUGUGGAGCAGUGGAGUGCGAGGAACAGGGACAAGUUUGAGGGCUUUGAUGUUGUGCCAUAUAUAGCUUCCGGCCUUAUGGUGGGCGUGGCUGUUUUGGGCUAUCUGGCACAGCGACGAGAAUUAUUACGAUGGCUUUAA